CCCAGCGGACUGCGCUCCCGGCAGAUCUGGUUUGAGCUUCUGGGCUUGGGCGGAGAAGCUGUAGCUUCCGUCCUAGGAUGUGAGAGCCAUUUGUUUCCGAAAGGGGUUCAUAUCCUCGGAAAGCUGAGCCAUCCCAUCUAGCAGCUUUCCCCAAACGGGGCGCAGGCCGUGGUCAUCUCUCUAGCAAGCUCCGAAGAUCUAGCCACGCUGCCCCGCACAGCUCCAGAAAGUCAGUUUCCCCAAGCCCACUGAGAUUACUGACUGUCCUUUCGGUCCCGGCAUCUGAAAGCAGGAGGUGCGCCAGGCGUGCGGGAUAGAGCAGUGGAGAACACCCCAGCCGGACCUCUUGUCUCCCGCCCAGACCCAGACUCAGCGCCGCACAUUCUCCUGGAGGGGGGAGCGGCGCAGUCACGCGCACAACCAACUUGCGCUCACUCGCGCGCAAGGCUCGCGCUCUCCGCCCCACACACCUGAGCUCCGCCCCUUGGUCCUGAGCCGGCGAAAGCAUUUGGGAGGCCAAGGCGCUGCGGAAGCGCCCAUCUCCUUCCUUUCCCAGGGCCGGAGUUCUCUGAAACCUGCUGCUGCUACCAACCAGCCCGCAUACCUCUCCAUCCUUCCCUCCCCCCGCGGGCCGCGGCACCCGUAUCCGCAGCCACAGCCCGGAGCCGGUGAGGCGGCGAAGGGGGGAGGGGUAGGAAUCAAGGGAUGAGCGCCGGGAGGGCGUCCAGGGCCCUGAGCCGGACUAGGACACCCCUGGAGCCGGAACCCGAGGAGAAGCCGGAACCAGGACCAAAUCACCGGUACCGGGUGGACCAGGUGGUCAGGGUGGGGGGGACAUAAAGACCGGGGACGUAGGAGAGUACAGAGAGGGGAGGGGGCUGCAGAGGCCUCGCUCAGACCAUCGCAGAGAAGGUGCAGACGCUGACUCAGGCGCGAUUUCUGAUCCUGCCGCCUAAGAAUUCCGUCCUAUCUCGCGCUGCAGUGUCCUUGGAAGGGACGGAAGCGCGGACAAGCUGGAAAGGGGAACGCUCUGGGCGUCGGGGAAGCAGGACCAGGGCCGUGGAGGAGGGCUUUAGCAGUGGCCGUCUGACUUCCUGCCCCAGGCAGUAUUGCCGAAGCAGCACCCCAGGCCCGGACAGCUCCCUUGUUGGGUAGGGAGUGGGGCUGGAUAUCUGAAAUGUACUUAUUUCCGAUCCUGAGGGUGGCAUUCCUAUCCCUCCUCCACCCCAGCUGCAGCCCCCUAAACCCAGGAGGCGCCCUGGCCCGCGCUCGACCUCCAGAGCCUCAUGUCGGAACCACAGCCUGACUUGGAACCGCCCCAACAUGGGCUGUACAUGCUCUUCCUGCUUGUGCUGGUCUUCUUCCUUAUGGGCCUCGUUGGCUUCAUGAUCUGCCACGUGCUCAAAAAGAAGGGCUACCGCUGCCGAACGUCCAGGGGCUCAGAGCCUGACGAUGCCCAGCUUCAGGCCCCUGAGGACGAUGACAUGAAUGAAGACACAGUAGAGAGAAUAGUUCGCUGCAUCAUCCAAAAUGAAGCUAAUGCUGAGGCCUUGAAAGAGAUGCUGGGGGACAGUGAAGGAGAAGGGACAGUGCAGCUGUCCAGCAUGGAUGCCACCUCCAGCCUGCAGGAUGGAGCCCCCUCCCAUCAUCACACAGUGCACCUGGGCUCUGCAGCACCUUGCAUCCAUUGCAGCCGCAACAAGAGGCCCCCACUUGUCCGUCAGGGCCGCUCCAAGGAAGGAAAAAGCCGCCCCCGGACUGGGGAGACCACUGUGUUCUCUGUGGGCAGGUUCCGGGUGACACAUAUUGAGAAGCGCUAUGGGCUCCAUGAACAUCGUGAUGGCUCCCCCACAGACAGGAGCUGGGGCUCUGGUGGGGGGCCAGACCCAGGGGGUGGCCAGGGUUCUGGGGGAGGACAGCCCAGAGCAGGGAUACCUGCCAUGGAGAGGCUGCCCCCUGAGAGACCACAGCCCCCAGCCCUAGCCAGCUUCCCAGUGCAGAAUGGAGGACUCAGGGACAGCAGCCUCGUCCCUUGUGCACUUGAGGGGAAGCCUGGAGCCUCUACAGAGCCAACACCGAGGGCUGGAGGGAGAAGCCCAAGCCCUGGGCUGCGCACUCAAGAGGUAAAUGGACAGCCAAGCAAACCAGACACCUCAGAUCACCAGGUGUCUCCACCACGGGGAGCAAAGGGUACGUGAGUCUUAUUCUUCAUUGCGCUGAUGGACUACCAGCUGGCAGGGCCAGGGCGUGGGUGGGCAUGAAGGCCCUCCCCUCCACUGGACAGCACUGCUUCCCAGCUGAGGGACCAGCCCUAUCUCCACCUGGAGUUGCAUGGUCUCAGGCUUGGGGACCCCAGAAAAGGUUCUCCCCAUCUCUAAACCCACAUUCCCUUCUCAUUCCCCUGCCUGCCAACAGGCUGUCUGACCUGCCUUCCCCAACACUUUGCUCCAUAUGGCUAGAGCGUGGCAGCUGGGAGCAGGCCCCUGCCCUUGGUAGGCCCCUAAAGCAAUAGCACCUUAGGCCCCCUGCCCUCUUGGCACAAGAGGCCCAGGUUCUUGCUUGGCCUUUGUGCCCUUUAUUCACUGUCAAUAAAUCUGAUCAGACCAUUA